UCGGUCUGUUCCGCCAGCAGACGAAAAUAUUUCCAGGCGAUCCAAAUAUAGUCAGGGGCUUUACAUCCCGUUCCCCCACCCUUAUCCCAUAGCUUUGUGAUGACGCGCAGUGGAAAGUUUGCCCAGUGUUCAGCCUACAAUCCGUGUGAAAUUGCGCUGUGCGAUACUUAGAAGUAACGGGAUGCUUGGUUGCUACUACUAGUGGGGAGGGGAGGCUCAUGCAAAAGCUUUUGCUCUAGCUAUAUUUCUGGUGAAAUUGGGGAAACGAAACAACGACACAGAAAUCGUCCCAGCAUAGUAUGGUCUUUGUUCCUGAUUCAUAACAACGCUAUAUCUGGACAUCAUCAGUGCGGAAGACAGUACUCCUCAGUACCAUCACUAAGUUACCCUGGAGCAGGGAAGGGAACUGGAUGGGACAGUACAAGUCACGCCCAAAACAUUCAUGUGCAGAGGAAUGGAAGAAAAAGAUCAGUGAGAGUUACUCGGUGCUGAGGUCCCGGCUAAGUGAGGACCUUCGUGUGAAGGAAGGAGUGGAGCUAACAGAUAUCCAGGCAGCAUGCAGUCGAGGUGACCUUGAGAAAAUAAAGGAGCUGGUCUCCCAAGACGAAGACCUCCUUGAGAAGGAGACAGAGAAUGGGCCGCCACCCCCGCCCCCGAAUGGACUGACCCUGCUGCCCCUGAGUGUCAUCCCUGCAGGAGAGAGGGGGCAUGUGGAGUGGCUGUUGUCCCAGGGGGUGGAGCCUGGACAGAUGAGCAAGAAUGGAUUCUCAGCACUACAUCUGGCAACAUACAGGGGUGAUAUAGAUUUAAUGAAGCUGUUGCUGGACCACAAGGCAGACAUCAGUCUGUCAGGGUUCGGUGGUGUACAUCCCAUCCACAUCGCCUGUAUGUGUGGCAACGAGGAGGUCGUGGAUCUUCUCUUAGAGCAAGGAGCGUCGGUCAACGCGCAGGACGUCGUCAAGUUCUCUCCUCUUCAUCUCGCCUGCUACUUCGGACACGAAAAGAUUGCAGAGACGUUGAUAAGACAUGGUGCAGACAUCAACUCCCCAGGUGAAGUGGGUGACAGGCCACUGCACCUGGCCUGUGCUAAAGGCCACCUGAAACAUGUGCAGCUACUGGUAGAUGGCAAGGAGGAAAACAAAGCAGAUGUGAAUGUACGAGACAAUGAGGAGCACACCCCCCUGCACUUCUGCUGCAGACACGGCCACCUCCCCGUCCUGAACUACCUGUUACAGCCUGACAGGGGGGUGGAGCCACACAUAUCCAACAUCUACGGAGAUACACCCCUGCAUCUUGCCUGCUAUGGUGGAAAGGUAGAAGCUGUGAAGAAACUUGUCGAGCACACAGGAAGAGACAGUCUCAGUAAGGAGAACAUCUUCAGUGAAACUCCCCUUCACAGUGCCUGUACCAAUGGGAGGAGUCUGGAGCUGGUGAAGUUCCUGUUAGGACAGGAAGAUGUCAGUGUUAACCACCAGGGACAGGACGGGCACACAGCUCUCCACAGUGCCUGUUACCAUGGCCACAUUCGACUGGUCCAGUUUCUCCUGGACAACAAUGCGGACAUGAACCUGGUUGCUAGGCAACAGGAGCCGUCAGUAGAAGGGGAGGAGAAGGAUCAGCAAAACCAGACUUGCCUGAUGUGGGCUUAUGAAAGGGGUCAUGACGCUAUAGUGACGUUACUGAAACACCACAAGAGACCACAGGAUGAGUCAGCAUGUGGGGACUAUUCACAAGGUGGAAGUGAUGGGUCCUAUGUAUCAGUACCGUCACCUCUGGGAAAAUUACGCAGUCUUACUAAAGAGAAAAUUGAUGUACUUCAUCUCAGGUCAACCUUACCUCAGAAGUUUCACCUUCAGAUAGGGGAUAUAGAGUUUCAGGAAACAAUAGGCAGUGGGUCUUUUGGGAAGGUUUACAAAGGGAAGUGCAAGGGGACAACCGUUGCUGUAAAAAGAUAUCGUGCAAAUGCGUUCUGUGCCAAGUCCGAUGUGGACAUGUUCUGCAGGGAAGUUUCCAUCCUGUGUAAACUCAACAGCGACUACGUCAUCAAGUUUGUGGGAGCCUGUCUCGAGGACCCAAGUCAAUUUGCCAUAGUGACAGAGUACGUCUCAGGAGGGUCAUUGUUCAGCCUGCUUCAUGAGCAGAAAAGCUACCAGGACAGGGACCCUAGAGUGAUCGACCUCCAGUCCAAGAUUACAGUAGCUUUAGAUGUAGCCAAGGGAAUGGAGUAUCUACACAACCUGAAACAACCUAUCAUACAUAGAGAUCUAAACAGCCACAAUAUAUUGUUGCAUGAAUCCGGACAUUCUGUUGUUGCAGACUUUGGUGAGUCAAGAUUUUUGAAGUCUCAGGACGAUGAAAACAUGACAAAACAACCAGGGAACCUAAGGUGGAUGGCACCUGAAGUAUUUACCCAGUGCACCAAGUACAGCAUCAAAGCAGACGUCUUCAGCUACUCCUUAGUCUUGUGGGAACUCCUAGCAGGAGAGCUGCCCUUCGCACACCUUAAGCCAGCUGCAGCGGCAGCAGACAUGGCAUACAGGAACACCCGCCCUCCCAUCGCCAUCACCUUCCCUAAACAGAUCACCUACCUCCUACAGAUAGGCUGGCACCCCACACCUGAGGAGCGGCCAGAGUUCAAACAGAUUGUAAAGAAAUUGCAAGAGUGCAAGGAGUCAGUCGAGAGUGCGACAGCUGCCAUCAGUGGUACAACAGUGACAUUUUCCAGUGGGGCGCCCAUCCCCGCCACGUCAGCGGAAAACGGGACAGUCCCGACGCCCGGCCAUGUCAACGCCCUGAGGAAACAGUGGGAGUCCGCCGGUGCUGGGAUUGGCAAACCGCAGGGACUGACCAUGGAGGACAUCAGAAAAGUUCUGCCCACCUUUCCCAGCCCAAACAAAAAUGGUUACGUAUCAGACCCCCUCAGCACGUUGAGGUUGAACCCAAACAUCAGUUAUACUUCUUCUCACCCCCCACCCCUCCCCCCUGCCACCACAGAACCCUCCUGACACACCACACUGCAGUGUGCUGUUGUAUUAUAUUGUAUACUAUAACAACUCGUAGUGUUUAUGCCAUUAGGAAAGUUCUAUAAGCCAUUGUUGUGCAAAAGACGUUGCUUAAAAAGCUGAGUUUUAUAAGAUUACGAGAAAAAGUACCUGUCUAGGAACUAUUGUCAACUUCAGUACAUGGGAGGUUUUUAAAGGUCAUUGGAAGUUUUAAAGAUUUAGUAACUUUUUUUCCAAAACUCUAAACCCUGCCCCCUGGUGUACAUGUGCAUCAACAUCAUUGACUGUUGAGCACUGGACUUAAAUUCUACAUAUGGUGAUAAUCUGUGCUUCAAAAGGAAGAUUUUUUUUCUGAGAGAAAUUGUUUCUUGUCCAACAUGAGCAAGAAAAUGAUGUACAUUGGGCAUGUACAUGUAUCUAUCAAGUGACAGGCGAACUUACCCUAGUGAACACAAAAGUUGUCACAUUGUACAUACGUGUACUCAUGGUGUCUUUCAUAUCGUGAAAGGAUUAAGUCUGUGAUAAAAUAAAUUCAUGAAUUAAAUUUUUUUCACCCAUACUUAACAGAAGAGAUACCUCAGACACCUCUUUAUUACAGAACCCAACCCUUCCAAAUGUAAUGAUGGUUACUAGUAUAUGGAAAGAGUACAGUAACUAUACACAUCAAAAGACUUUUCUCAAGGCUCUGUUCAGCAAUAAGGGUGAAGGAUACUUUCAAAGGCAAGCUAUGGUAACCAGGAUGUUAGCAACUGUAGAGGUUUGUACAAUGGUUUUGCAGGAAGAAGCCAGAACAAUAUUGAUGCGAAAAGUAAACGUACGGGUUGAAUUAUCUAUAUUUAAUAUAGGUUAAGACUGGAUAAAGUUGUGGAAAUGUACAGCAAAAUAUCAACCGUUGUAGCAGAAAGCAGAUGACUAUUAUCAACAUAUCUGGAUAUAUUUCAAUUGUAGCAAAAGUCUUCCAAGCAAGUUCUCUGCAUCUAAUGGUCAUAUUGUAUUCACCAAUGCAGCUUAUUCUCUUAGGGAAAUUGUUCCUAUUAACUAGCAUCUCCAUAUUGUUAACAGUUUCCUUUUGCUGCAAAAAUAUGUUUUUCAUUAUGGCCCGCAAACAUCAACAUUGUAUUUAUGAAUUAUUGCAGACUAUUUAUUUGUGAACUUCUCAUUGUUUGGUUUACAAGUUAAUGAUGCAAAGGAGCUGACAUCUUGUUAUGAUACGAUGAUAUUUCUUUUGUUCUUAUGUUGUCAUACGUAUCUCCAGUGCCGAAGCCAUACCUAUUUAUGAUGUACAUACAUAUGUUCUACUGUAUACUUGUUUCAUAUGUAUUAAAGCAGUCU